GCGCGGGGCGCGGGCGGAGGCCGCUGCUGCCGCGGCGACGUUCAGUGCUGCCCGCCCGCCAGUCAGCCGCGAGCCACCGAUACGAGUGUUGUUCGAGCGCAGCGUGACGACGACUCCGCGCCAUUCAGCGGAGUAUGCUCCAGCAGAUGUCCUCGCCGUCGAGCGCACAAUUAGGCGAGGUCGCGACUAUCGUGCGCACCUUCGAAGGCCGCGUCUGCGGCGACGUGUCUUCGGGGGCCUCUUCGGAUGCUGCCGAAGAUUUUGAAUUGCCGCACUGCAAGAUAAGAAGAAACUAUAGCUGCAUGAAGUGCACUUAUUACACGCAAAAUCCGCGCGCUUAUCUUAUGCACACACGCGACGUUCACUUCGUAAGACUGAAGAUUUUUGAUUGUCCACAUUGCUUAUACGCUUCGAGACACUACCAGAAAUUAGUGAGGCACAUGAAAAUGGUUCACGGAGGAUCAACUUCAGAGACAUCUGCUAAAAUAGAACAAGAAGUUCCAACGCCGGUAUGCGACACCGUAGAUGUGUCGGAACGUAUGGAAGACAUGGUGGAAGAAAUCGAAGACAAUGAAGACAUUCAGAUAGAUGUGGAUGAAAUUAAUGAAGAGCAACUAGAGCGUUCUGAUGAUGCUGAUGUCGAAAUUGAGAGAAUCCCUGACCGAAGUGCAUUAGAUACACCAAAAAAUAAAGGAAAUUUCUUCUCGUGUGACAAGUGCAAUUAUGUGACACAUUUACGCGCAAGGUUCACCAAACAUGUUAAAUAUCAUUCUAUGCCGAUGAUCAAGUGCACUACAUGUGAUUUUCGCACACCGUAUAAAUGGAACUUGGAUCGUCACAUGAAAAACCACGGCGGGAGUGGAAGUUUCAACUGCUCUAUGUGCAAUUUCACAGCGGACAUCAAACAAAGUUUAACAGUUCACGAAAUGAAUCAUCACACGCCGCCAGUGGGCUGCACUGUCGCAAGUCGCCGCCGCAAUCGCGUCGGCGCGAGCGACCUAGCCCUCGCCGAAGCGGCCAACGCGCUGCUCCCUAAGGAGGAAGAAGGGAGCAGCGAUUCACGAUCCUCGCAUUCGGCCUCGGAAAUGGGCCACCAAUAUUCAGAAAAAGAUAUUAUAGCGUCAAACAGUGACUCCAAUGAUGCGUCAAUAUCAGAAACUGGAUUAAAAGAACAGUUGUCAGAUCACACACAGUCAAAUAACCCAAACACUCACGAUUCAUCGCAAAAACAAUGUAAGAAAACUCCAAGACCCAUUCCUCAGCUUAUACCACUUAAUGCAUCAACACCUAAUCAAAGUAAAACUUCGCCCGGGGAACCACCUGCAAAAAAAUUCAAAGAGUCAACAAUUGAAACAAUUAAUACAAAUACAGAGAGCAAAUCAGAUUGCCAACCACUUGUACCAUUGAUAAAUGCAAAAGAAACGGGAACUCGAAAGAAAAAUGAAUCAUUUUUUGAUCGACUAAAAGAAAGGUUACUCACCGAAACUGGCGAAAAUGGUUCGUUAACAUGCAAAAACUGCGGCUUUGAAAGUAAAUGCUUAUCAGAACACUCUGUACAUGAAAAAAAUUGUUCUUCAUUAGGAAACCGCACUACUACAAACACAUUAAUGUCUAGUUUAAGUUCAACACGUUGUCAGAACUGUAGACACAGAUGCAAAUCAAGCGCAGAUUUACUUGUACACAUGAAAACGUGCAGAAAAGCCGUAAAAACCGAAGACGCAACGUACGAAGAUCCUAAAAGUCUGGAAAAUAGUCAAAUGACUUCGAAACUGGAAAAAGAAACAGAACCACAUCCAAUGGAAAACGUAGUUUUUGUUUGGAACAAUAUAAAUCACGACACUUCCAAAUUUGAUACACCGUUGGAUAUCAAUAUUAAUGAUGAUUCUACGCUACCAGAAAUGACAAGAAUUUAUGAAAAUGACACAGUUGAUGAUAACGAAAGCAUGAAUUUAUCACCAAGUCAAGCUGUUGGGAAAAAUGUAUUUAAAUGUCCGCAUUGUCCAUUCUGGGCCUCUACAGCAUCCAGAUUUCAUGUUCAUAUUGUUGGACAUUUAAAUAAGAAGCCGUUUGAAUGUUCUUUGUGCAAAUAUAAGUCUAACUGGCGAUGGGACAUAACGAAACAUAUUAAACUGAAAUCUGCCAGAGACCCUGAGCAUAAUGUUGCCAAAGUGCUAAUGACCGACGAAACUGGUAGAAGAAAUUAUAGUAAAUAUAGCAAGUUUUUAGCAAUGCCGGUUUUAAAUGACAAUGGUGAGAAUGAAUUUCAUUACUUAGAUUCAAACACAACUGUUGAUGCUUCGAUGGAAGUCGAUGAGUCGUUCAGUGACGCGAACGACGCGACUAACACAUCAACCGAAAUGCAACCACUCAAUCUCCAGACACAACAUACCGAACUCAAAACUGAUCUAUUGGAUAUGAGACACGCUGACAGUAAAAAAGCGAAAAAAACAUUAUGGAAAUGUAAAAAAUGUAAUUACCGAGAUCCAUCAAAAGAGGCUCUGUUAGAGCAUGUACGAGAACACUCGAGAGUAGAGGGUAACGAAGAUGACCCAAAAAAGAAACCUGAAAACACACCAGAUCCUUCAGACUUGGCAUACCGGUGCGGUCACUGCAAUCAGUUGUCAAACUGGAAACACGUAAUACAGCGCCAUUGCCGAUUGAAGCAUGAAGGUGUCAUUAAAGUAAUAACUACAGUCAAACCAAAACCGGAUCCAUCAGCCACGAAUGACUCAAAUAAUGACAGAUGCCCGAAAUGCCCAUACCGAGCAAGCGAUAAGAAUGUUCUUUUAACUCAUAUACAACAACAUCAGCCAUCUUCUCAUACUAUAUUCAAGUGCUACUUCUGUCCGUACUAUGUUAAAGAAGAAUAUGAAUUAGCACAACACUUGCAAAUUCACGGUGUCACGGAUCCAGAAGACUAUAUUUCUAAAGCCAUGGGAUGCAGAUCACCCUUGGCUGAUACGCCAACUAUUCUACCUCAGGCGAUCCACUCAGGUAGUACUAAAAGGCACAGAUGCACAGAAUGUCCUUAUGAGACUAAUAGUAAAUCCCAAUUUAUGUAUCAUGAACAGUUCCAUAGACUGCCCCCGGACACUCCCUACAAAUGUCCCGAGUGUAACUACAGUGUAUCCAAACGACACUUACUUCACCAACAUUUAAGAGUACAUGGUAUUAUACCGAAGAAAAAUGAAACAGAGGCAGAAUUGGAAGCCACACCAUCGUCUCAAAAAAUAGAUAACAGUAAUGAAGUAUCUAUCAACAACCUAGAUGAAAUACCGUUUGUAUGGGUUUCGGCAAAAAAUGAAUUCCAUAAAAUGUAUAAAUGUCGUUACUGUUCAUAUGUAAAUUCCCAAAAGUGUAAAAUACCCAAUCAUGAAAAAAUUCACUGUUUCACUUUUGAAAAUAGUGAUGUGACGGUGUACAAGUGUUUGGAAUGUAAAUUUACAUGCGAUAACUCGGUAAGAUUAGCCGAACAUUCCAAAUCGCAUGGUGAAAUAUACGGACGAAUUUAUUGUCCAGUUGAAGAUGAUAUUCCCGAUGAAGAACAAGUUUCAAAAUUACGUAAAGUAAUUGAACUUGAAAAAUCUAAUUUUGCAGAAGUUACACCUAAAGAAGAAUAUACAAUAAAUGAAAACAAGGAAAUAAAAGUUUUACACUUUUGUGCGAAUUGCCCAGCCAGAUAUUUUACUGAAAGUGAAUUAAAAGUGCACGAGAGUCUCCACGAAUCAUCUUAUACAUAUAGAUGUAAACAUUGCGAUUUCGCAGUACCAGAAGAAGAUGAACUAGUGUUACAUAAUAUAGUGCACUCCGAUGAAUACCAUACUAAAACAAAAAUGCUUAAAUUUGUCCAUAACUUGCAUCCUGCAUAUAAAGAGCCUCGUUUGGAACUAGUUCAUUGCCAAGAUACCUUAGAAGUAGCGUGGGUAGUAAGUGCUAUCAAGAAUAAUGAAAGUGAACAUAAUAUUGAAAUGACUAUUAAGAAACACGAGCCAAAACAUGCACCUAAACAAUACUUAUGCAAAGAAUGUCCUGCCAAAUUUUUCAAGAGUUCUGCAUUAAGUUACCACGUGAGUUUACAUGGAGGAGAAGGAGAACACAAGUGUAAAAAAUGUUCGUACGCUGUAAAGAACGUCGGAAAUUUAGCAAAACACGAACUCCUACAUGAACAAGAGAACAAAGUAAGCAAUUGCGAUUAUGAAUCCGGCGAAGAUAUGGACUAUAAAAAUGUUCCGCUCUCAGGAACCGACUUAUUUCAGAGAAAAACUGAAGCUCAAAAAAGAGUAUUAAUCGAUAAAGAUAAGUUGGUUAAACCCAAUGAUCAUUUUCCACCAGUACUUCAAGCCGACCCACAAUUCGGAUAUCUUAUGCAUGGUAAUCCAGAAUUCAUAUACCCAACAUAUUUAAAAAAUGGACGCCAAAAAGAAAAACGCUACAAAUGUCACAAAUGUCCUUCCGCAUUCGAAAAAAGGGAGCAAUAUAAAAUCCACCUAUCUUUGCACGGAUCCAAACAGCGAUAUAAAUGUGAACUCUGUGAUUACUCUGUAAAAUAUUAUGCGAAUUAUGUGCAACACAUGAGGAAACACCAAAUGAAUGACGAAGCUCAAGCAGAAAGAAAAAAAGGGUGUAGUGGUUUUUCAGAAUCUGAAAGCCACGACAUUAAACAGGAAGAUAGUUCUGAUAAUAUAAAGCUAGCUAUUAAAACAAUGCCAAAGGGAACACCUAGAAGUGACUUUCAACAAUUUUCGAUAAGGGACCAACAAACACUUCGAUUAUUACAGCGUAGACGAUCUAUAAAUAAUUCUGGAAAAGAGACAAACACGUCAGAACCAUCCCCAAUAAAGGAACGCAAACUACAUAUGUGUUUAUUAUGCCCGUACACAAACCAACGACAAGAUGCCUUAAGCAACCACUACAAACGCCACGAUGAUAUCGAUGUACUAACUUCGGGCAAUCAUAAAUGUUCUUACUGUGACUUGGUGGUCGUCCAGUCUCACUUUCUACGAGAACAUUUGAAAACACAUUUCAACUAUCACAAAACUCUAACUCCUGAAUGUUUUGUAGCAAACGAAGACGUCAGCUUUACCAUAACAAGAAUGGACGAAACAAGUGAGCCAGUUGAUCUCAAAUUAGAUUUUCAAAAUAUGAAUUAUAAGUGCAAUGAAAAGGAGAAAUUUUUUGUCAAAAUGAACACAGGAGAAUUAUUGGUAGAAUAAAAAGAAAGUAAGAAGUAAAAUGCUAAGUAAUCUUUGUUAAUAUAGUAUUUAGUUUAUAAAGAUACUGAAUUGUUUAAACGGAGGUACAGAAGAAAAUAGUUGAAGUUUACGCCAAAAAAUAUAGAGUUUGUUAUUCACCAAAGUGUAACUUGCCAUAUUAGAAUUAGUAAAUUUGUUUUUUCGGCACAUUGUCAAUUUUAUAGUCUGCUCUUUGGUAAUUGUAAAGUACCUAUACAAAGGCAUACAAUUGAUAUCAAUAGUCGAUUAGUUUGAGUUAAAAUUCCGUUUUGACCUACUCGUUUAUUGUAGCAAAGAAACUAGUCUUAAUAAUAAACAUUACAUAUAUAACGUUACCAACAUAAAUUGAGUAACGUAUAGCCCACUGUACUUAGUUUAAUAUCUUAGUUAUAUAUUAUAUAUUUGCGUAUUUAUUGAUUCAUAUAAGUAUUGCCUUUUAAGGCAUAAGACGUAUUAUCUAAGUUUUUAUAUACAUAUUACUACCUAUAGUUUGUUCUCAUAAUUAUUAUUUGGGUAAUACAAUUUUCAAGUUAAAAUGUUAUCUUAAUACGUUAUUGCCUGAUUGUAUUAGUAAAUCCUGGCUUUUUAAUCUUUAAGUUGAUAAUUCCUUUGAUAAGCAAACGAAUGCUGAAUUUGAAUAUAUACAGCAAUCAAAGCCUUAAAAGAAUAUAUGAUCCUGAAUGUAACAAAAAAUGCAUACAAUAUGUUAUUCUAAGUGAUUAAUGUGGCUAUUAUGCAUAAUAGCUGACCAAUUUAGCCAAAGUGAUAAAUUAAGCGCAAUUAAUGCCUUUAUCUAGAUAUACAUUAUCUAAUAAGUUAAAAGAUUUAGUUUAAUGAAUAAAACACGAUAUUCAUUUGAUACUGCUUAAUAUUAUUGAAAAUUACUGUAAUGAGGAAAAUUAUGAUGGUAGUGUUGAAUACUGGGCAUCCAUAACCAUUGUCUGUUUCCAGUACAUGGUCAUGGGCUCCAGUAAUCAUAAAUUAUAAUCAUGACCGUUUACCAUGUUAUCCUUUUUUAUACUUUUCCUAUUUUGUAUAAUUAGUAAUUAAUCACUUUGCUUUUAACAUGAUAUACAUUUUACCAAUUACUGAUAUCACUACACCUGUAAUAAGCAAAUAUUGCCCUUGUAAUUUAUACAAUGUUGUUAUUAGCUAAAAUAAACAUUCCAAAAUGUCCAAUAAUUGUAAACUGAUAAUUUUACAAUAUCAAUUUGGAUACAGCAAAAAUUUAUUAGCAUAAAAUAAUUAUCAGCAGCUAUCCAAUGACUGCUGCAAAGAAAGCUUUCUCAAAAGCAGACAAUAAUUUUUAGCAUGGGCAUACAAAAUAUUUAUUACAAUAAUAGUUCUCUUUUAAAGGUAAAAAAUAGUAUAGUUAUCUGUAGAUAUAGCAUACUGAAGUGUAAUUUUUUGCCAGUUCUUUUUUAUGAGAAACUCAAAAUUUGUCCUAUAAGGGCAAAUUUCUGAUCAAAAUAUAAUAAUAAAUAUAUAAUAUCUGAUUUCAA